CACAUUCCGCUUUGGCCGUUUAAUUUUGUCGUUCUUAGUCAAUGUUUGGCUUUAAAUCGUCUCAGGAUUAAAGAUUAUAGAUUUUUUUAGCUAUGUGAUUUUUCGUGUAAUUGGGUCAGACGAGUAUUUUCGAUGGACGUCGCCUCGUUUUCGUUCGUACAAAGAGGAAGUCGGUCCUCCUGGAAUCUCAGUUAGCUGACGUUAACAGCUGUGGAGCCACGGUUAGCUAAAUGAGCUAGCGUAUGCUGUCUUCAAAAAAGUGACAAAGUAGAUGUGGUCUCCUCCGUUGAGAUAAGGGUUUGGGGUCGCCGUGGCGUUGGUUCAACAACGUACGGUCCUCUUUGCGUAGCUGUCAAGGUAAACGUGGCUUGACAGUGUGACUGUCGAAAUCCUAAACGCGAACCACGAUUCCGGUGGCUGUGGGUUGCUUGAUUCGCUUCAGGCUGACGUAUGUCAUCGUUUACUGCCAAAAUGAUGGACUUUGAUAAUAUAUUGGACAUCGCUUCGCAAAACCAGGGUCUCAGCAGUGUGCAGAAGAGAUACAGUCUUCAGACGGGACCACCCAAAAAGGAUCCAAAGUCUAAAGGUGUAAACCCCGCUGCUGUGCAGGCACUUCUAAAAAAGCGGCAAAAUGACUCAAAACAGAAAGAAAUCGAAAAUAAAAAACAAAAAGAGCAGUUAUUGGCGAAGAGGGUUGAGUUGAAGUCAGAUCGUAAAGCACGAGCCAUGGCAUCCAGAACCAAGGACAAUUUCCACGGCUACAACGGCAUUCCAGUGGUAGAGACUCCGAAAAAGAGGGGCUCAAAAGGAGAUAAGCGGCAAGAUCAUCCAGAUGACUCUGAAAGUUUUAGGAAUAAUGCAAUCAAUCCACUAGACGAUGAAGAUAAUUACGAGUAUGAGCAGACAGAUUCAGAGGGAGAGCCGGAGCGGGAGAUGAUUAGGCCACAGAAGACUAUGGGUGUCAGUGGGCCCAGUAAAUCUGUUUCUAAAAAAAUUUCUGGCCCACCCAAACCUCCUCCCCCUACCAUGAACUUUGCUGAUUUACUCAGACUGGCGGAAAAGAAGCAAUUUGAGCCAGUUGAGCUAAAACCUAAGGUGAAAAAGGAAGAAAGGCUUCGCACGGCCGAAGAGAUACGUGAACUGGAGAUGGAGCGCAAGGCUAAGAGACCUGACAAAAGCAGGGACUCAAAGGUAGACGGUGGAAGAGAAGGACGGUCUUUGUCCACUUCUAGUUCAGUUAGAAAAAACACUACAGAAAAAGAACAAAAACACAACAAACUGCAAAGGAACUCCAUAGAAAAGUCUAGUCUGCCCAGUAGAUCAGGAAAUAAGGUUCACUCAGCUGGAACAAGUGACAAAGGCCUCUCCUUUUCCAAACCCUCUGUAAGUGACAAAGACAGGAACCGGGAGAAGACGCCUCACAGUGAUAGAGAACGAUCCAAGAUGGGCAUUUCUGCUUCAUCAGUUGCUACACUUAGUAAAAACUCCUCAAAAGCCUCCUCAUCUCAGGUCUCAACCAAACUUGUAAGCUCCAGGACGGCACUUACCCAAAAACCCAGCUCCUCAAGUGACCUUAGCUCAAGAAAAGACAGUUUUUCAUUGCAUCAAAAAGGAGCUUCAGGUAUUCAAGGGAACAAGCAUUCUGGCGGAGUUGGAGCUGGCCAGAGGUCUCAACCUGCAACCUCACAGCAGACGAGACCCCUUCAAGGCAGUUCAUUAAAGCAGGGAUCUAUAGCCGGAGAGAUGAAAUCCAACAGAGGAGACUCAAACGGUAAUUCACUGAGGCCGUCUUUGGGUGGUCCUUCUAAGGCAGGGAAGCAGUGUCAGGGGAGGCCUAUGGGCAUACCCCUAAAUAAACCUGGUGGUCGGCCACAGACGAGGCCAGGUGGCAGCGGUCCUGAAAGAGGUGGAUCCCGACCUCCAGGACCUUUUAGACCUGGUAGUGGAGGACAGGUACCAGGGCGGCCAAACAGUAACCUUGAGUCAGGGCCGGGCAGACCUAAGUGCACUGUUGUGUCAGAGACCAUCUCAUCCAAGAAUGUGGGUGGACCUAGACCAGGGAUCUCCCCAAGGCCAGGCAUGCAACAGAGACCUGGGAUGACACCAGGGAUGAGACCUGGGAUGACACCAGGGAUGAGACCUGGGAUGAGACCUGGGAUGACACCAGGGAUGAGACCUGGGAUGAUGCCGGGAAUCAGACCCGGAAUUCCACCCAGACCUAUGAUGAACAGACCACCAGGAACCACGUUACCACCCAUCACAAUUGCAUACAAGAGGAAGUAUGAAGAGGAGGAGGAAGAGUAUGACCCUGAAAUGGACGACUUCAUUGAUGAUGGAGGUGAAGAACAAGAUGAAAUCUCCAGGCACAUUAAAGAGAUCUUUGGCUAUGACCGAAACAGAUACAAAGAUGAAAGUGACUAUGCACUUAAAUUUAUGGAGAGCAGCUGGAAAGACCUGCAGAAAGAAGAAGCCAGGAGCCUGAGGAUGGCAGUGCAAGAGGACCUGGAGGAAGAGAGGCGAGAGGAAGAAGAGCUGAAAAGAAAAAAGGCCAAGAGGAAAAAAAUCAACUGAAGCUCCAUUCCUGUUUUGAUGAAUAAAAAAACCCUUUUGUUUUCUGAACGCAGUGGCUUGGCGAUCCCAAAGCAUCAAGCCCACAUUUGACCCUGAGUUGUGAUGGAGAAAGUAACUUGUUGUGAAAGAUUAUCUAUCAAAAGACGAUAUGCAAAACCCAUUGAAAGCAUUUAGAAAAUAAUGAGAAAUUCUCAAGUCCAUAUUUAUUUCCGCUACAACGUUCUGGAUUUACAAUCUGGAAAGAAUUGAACUUUUAACAAACAUGAAUCUGUUUUUCUGAUGUUACCAUUAACAGUGACAGAUUUCAACAUAUUUUCUGUUACUUUUUUCAACCAAUUAUUUGAACAUAUUGUUAUUAAGCAGAAAACAUUAACAAUUCUUAUGUUGUGUAUAAUAUUUUGACAGUAAUAAUUGCAUAAAUGCUUUUAUUUAACAGUAGUGAAUGU